GCAAUAAAUAUACUAAAUAAUUUAAAAAAAAAAAAUAAAACGAAAUAUUUUGAAAAAAUUUACCUUUUGUUUGUUGGAAUAUUUGAUUUGAAAAAUAGAAAAAAAAUAUAUAAAUUUAUCGAUUGGAUUCAUUCUUUGACGCAUUUCCCAGGGACCUAAAGAUAUAGACAAAAACAAUAUUUUGCAAAUUUUUCGUGAUUUUUGUUUGUUUGCUUGUUUUUUUAAAAAAAAAAAGGCAGAAGAUAAGUUCAUAUUUAUAAAUCUAUCCACGAAAAAAAAAAUUAAAAAAAAUCUACACAACACUAAUACCAUAUUAAAUGGAUAGAGAUUCGUAUGAUACUAACAUUCCUUCCAGUUAUCCCAGAAAGAUUGGAUUAUAUGAUCCCAUCUUCGAAAAGGAUUCAUGUGGUGCCGGAUGUAUAGUCAAUAUUAAUGGCAUAGCUUCGCAUCAGAUUUUGAAAGACGCGAGGUUAGUUUUGGAAAGAAUGGAGCAUCGAGGAGCCUGCGGAUGCGAUUCCGACACCGGUGACGGCGCCGGGGUUAUGUCGGCCAUACCCCACGCCUUUUACGUCCACGUCUUGAGAGAAACUAAAAAUAUCGAAUUACCCAAACCCGGGAAAUACGCGACGGGCCUAUUCUUUCUCAGCCCCGAAACUUCCGACCAAUGCCGAGAAAUUUUCGAGAAAAUAGCCAACGAGAGAGGAAUGAAGAUAUUGGCCUGGAGGACUAUGCCAAUCGAUAACACGAUGAUAGGUAAAAUAGCCAAGGAUUCUGAACCUUUGAUCGUUCAGGUCUUUAUGGUUCCCCGCGAUCCCGAAACCAGUGAAUUGGACUUUAAACGCAAACUAUACAUGGUACGCAAAUAUGCCACCCAUAGAAUACCUUCUUACAACUUACGUUUCUACAUUUGCAGUUUGUCGUUGUAUUCGAUAGUGUACAAGGGCCAAUUUAGGGUAGAUCAGCUGUGGCUCUAUUACGACGAUUUAAGAGACCAGAUGUUCGAAACUCACUUCGCCUUAGUUCACAGUCGUUUUUCUACCAAUACCUUCCCUAGUUGGGAAAGGGCUCAACCAUUAAGAUACGUGUGCCACAACGGCGAGAUAAACACCCUACGCGGUAACGUUAAUUUCAUGCGCGCCCGGGAGGGCAUAAUGAAAAGCCCGGUUUACGGUGACCAGCUAUCCAUGCUUUAUCCGGUGGUCGAAGAGGGCGUAUCGGAUAGUGGGGCUCUCGAUAACGCCUUGGAGUUUUUGAUAAUGGCUGGGGAAAGGAGCCUACCCGAGGCUAUAACUAAUCUGAUCCCCGAGGCCCGCAAGCACAAUUUCGACGAAGAUUCCAUUGAAGAAAAUCUCAAAAACCAAAUCCAGUCUACCUGCGAAUCGCGGAGUUCCUCGAUUAAGCAGCCCAUAUCCACCUUUUACAAGUGGGUGUCCAAUUGGAUGGAGCCCUGGGAUGGACCUGCCCUCGUCUUAUUCGGAGGGGACGGGCGGCACGUGGGAGCCGCAUUAGACCGUAACGGCCUAAGACCUGCCAGGUAUUACCUGACCUCAGAUGGGAUCCUGGUUCUGGCUAGCGAAGUUGGAGUCUUUGACGUCGAACAACAAGGUCGCAACGCGACAGGAGGGAGUUACAUCGUGAAAAAGGGCCGUUUGAAACCCGGUAAAAUGAUUCUCGUCGACACGCUUACCAAGGCCUUGAUUGAAGAUCAGGACAUAAAACUACGCAUCGCUAUGUCGAAACCUUUUACCGGAUGGCUGGCUCAAAAGACGAUAAAAUUAAAAGACCUGUACACGGCCCAUUACGCGAUGAUCGAAAACGGGGAACUUCCCCCAAAGUCCCCGGCUAGGCGUGCCAACGGAUACGUCGCGGAUAAAUCUUGCGGGGACGUCAUUCCUGCCAUAAAGGAUGAAUCGGAUGCUAAGAUAUCAUCCAAUGACUUGUCCGGAAAUGACGGUAAAAUGCCCCGAGACGGAAUUUUGCACGAUAGACGCUUGCCCAUAUUUGGUUUCACGGCGGAGACGGUUAAUAUGCUGGUCUUACCCAUGAUAAAACAAAAGAAAGAAGCCCUGGGUUCGAUGGGAAACGACACCCCGCUGGCGUGCCUCUCCGAGUACUCCCCCGCGGUUUUCGAUUAUUUCAAGCAGAUGUUCGCGCAAGUCACCAACCCGGCCAUAGAUCCAUUUCGGGAGAAGAACGUUAUGAGCUUGAGUUGUUGGGUUGGACCGGCAACCGACCCUUUAUCGACUUACACCGCUAACGAAUAUCCGACGAAAUUAGGCGAAUAUAAGCAGCCGAGGAUUUACUUGGAACAACCAGUUUUAUCGUGCGACGACAUGGAAGUCAUUAAAGCCACUCGUUACCGUGGGCUUAAGACUAAGGUGAUAGACCUAGUCUUCCCCUUAUCCCAAGGCGUGGACGGGCUCGAAGCCGGCAUUGACCGGGUUUGCACUGAAGCGGCUAUAGCUGUCGAAAGCGGUUACUCUCUAGUUGUGCUAUCCGAUAGAUUCGAAUUGGUUCCGGAAGGAGUGCCCAUACCGGCUUUGAUGGCCCUGGGAGCCGUGCACCAUUUUUUGCUUUCCAAGAAACUUAGACUCAAGACGGGUCUGAUAGUAGAAACCGGAGCUAUAAGACAAGUGGCCCAUAUAUGCCUUUUACUAGGCUACGGGGCGGACGCGGUGUGCCCUUACCUCGUGUACGAACUCGUGGCUGGACUGAGGGACGAGAACUUGUUGUUUGCCCCGGACGAAGAGGUGUCGUUCUACGACGACCGACGAAUUUUCGAAAACUUUCGUGACGCCGCCGAAAAGGGCAUAAGCAAGGUAAUGGCCAAGAUGGGCAUCUCUACGCUCCACAGCUACAAGGGUGCUCAAAUCUUCGAAGCCGUGGGUCUAGGUCCCUCGAUAAUCGAAAAAUGUUUCAAAGGUACCCCGUCUCGUUUGGGAGGGAUCACCUUUCAACUCCUAGCUUCGGAACUGCUGGCCCAUCAAUUCGAGGCGCUGGGCUCGAGGCAUUGCGAUAAUCAGCUGUUGCUAGAUCCCGGAUUUUACCAUUGGCGCGAAGGGGGCGAGAAGCACUCCAAUUCGCCAGCCGUCGUCGCUAACCUGCAAAGAGCCUCUAAGACCAGAGAUCUUACUGCUUACGCCGCUUUCAGCGAGGCUAGCACAGAGGCCAGCGCCAAAAUAACUUUAAGAGGUCAAUUGGCGUUCGAUUUCGAAGAAAUGGAAGGUAUGGACGCGGCAAAAAUUGGGGGGAUAGUUCCCUUGAAAGGAACAGUCGAAUUGAUAAACGGUACCUCGCCAAUGAACGGUCACGACAAUGACGGCCCGUCGGUCAUACCGGGUUCUAUCGAUAUCGAUAUGGUCGAGGAUUCUGCUUGCAUCGUUAAAAGAUUUUGCACUGGCGCAAUGUCAUUAGGUUCUAUAUCCAGCGAAGCCCAUCGAACUCUGGCUCGAGCCAUGAACACUAUGGGGGGUAAAUCGAACACUGGAGAAGGUGGGGAGGAUCCGUCCCGAUAUGAACAAGGAAAUUUGGAAAGAUCAUCUAUUAAACAGGUCGCCUCUGGACGGUUCGGGGUCACUUCGACCUAUCUAACUAACGCGGACGUGUUGCAGAUCAAAAUCGCCCAAGGUGCCAAGCCGGGGGAGGGAGGCGAACUUCCGGGCUAUAAAGUAACUCACGAGAUAGCUAGAACGCGGCAUUCCAUCCCUGGCGUAGGUCUCAUAUCGCCGCCUCCUCACCACGAUAUAUACUCGGUCGAAGAUUUAGCGGAACUGAUCUACGACCUCAAAUCGGCUAGUCCUUCCGCUAAGAUCAGCGUUAAACUGGUAUCGCAAGUCGGGGUCGGGGUAGUGGCGGCUGGAGUGGCCAAGUGCAAAGCGGAACACAUAACGAUUUCCGGUCACGACGGGGGCACCGGUGCCAGUUCUUGGACCGGUAUCAAGCACGCCGGUCUUCCUUGGGAGUUGGGCUUGGCUGAAGCCCACCAGACCCUCUUGCUCAAUAAUUUGAGGUCCAGAGUUAUCCUUCAAACAGACGGUCAAAUUAGGACAGGUCGAGAUGUUGUAAUGGCGGCGUUGCUAGGCGCCGACGAGGUAGCCUUCAGCACGGCCCCACUCAUCACCCUGGGGUGUACCAUGAUGCGCAAAUGCCACCUCAACACUUGCCCUGUCGGAAUAGCUACCCAGGAUCCUGACUUGAGAAAAAAAUUCGCCGGAAAACCCGAAUACGUCAUCAAUUACUUGUUUAUGAUCGCUGAAGAGGCCAGGGAAUACAUGGCCAAGCUCGGCUUCCGAACUUUCGAGGAGAUGGUAGGCCACAGCGAGAAAUUGGUCGUCAAACGUCACCCCAUAAACCAAAAGGUUGCCUCUCUCAACCUUAGGGCCAUACUCGACCAAGUCGUGCCGCCCAAGAUGCUGCCGCUUCAUAAGGGCGGAACCGUGGCUCAAGAGUUUAGGCUCGAUGCCAAAUUGGAAAACACGGUCAUGAAACGAGUGCUAGAACAUGUGGACUCCAUUCCUCUUUCGCUCACCCAUACGUUAUCGGUGGAACAAUUGCCUAAAUCGAAACAACUGCUCUUGACGUUAAAGAUAGCCAAUACCGAUAGGGCAUUCGGCGCCCUAUUGAGUCACGUGAUCAGUAAAAGAUUCGGAGAAUCGGGACUUCCGCCCAGUUAUCCAAUUAAGGUUGAGCUAACGGGAUUCGCCGGUCAAAGCUUUGGCGCCUUUUUAGCUCCCGGUUUAACCUUGAGGCUGGAGGGUGACGCGAACGACUACGUGGGAAAGGGCUUAUCUGGCGGCGAGAUAAUAGUGUAUCCCCCUCCUUCCCCCGCCACGUUCGCUUUCGAUACCACCCAAAACAUCUGCGUGGGGAACGCCUGCCUUUACGGGGCAGUCAGCGGGCGAGCAUUUUUCAGGGGCCAGGCGGCCGAAAGAUUUUGCGUUAGGAAUAGUGGGGCUAUUGCCGUUUGCGAAGGCGUGGGCGAUCACGGGUGCGAGUACAUGACCGGUGGAAAAGCGGUCAUUUUAGGGAUUCCGGGUAGAAAUUUCGCGGCCGGAAUGUCGGGCGGCAUAGCUUACGUUUACGAUCCUACCCGUCGCAGGUUUCCCGCUAGGUGCAAUAUGGCGAUGAUCGACUUGGAAUCUAUUUACGGCGAUUCUACCGCGAAUGAUGCCAAAUUUAGCUCCGACGAUCACAGCGAGGAUUUGAAGUUUUUGCGGGACAUUCUGGGGGACUUUAUAGAAAAAACCGGAUCAGAAAUCGCGCGGGAAAUAUUGGAAGGUUGGCCCGCUUCGGCCGCCCAUUUUUUCAAGGUGUUUCCCAAAGAUUACAGGACAGCCCUAGAGGAGAUAAAUCAGAAGAACGCGCUCGAAAAGGCGGGGAAAUCUCAACAAGAUAUCUUGAAAGAACUGAAACUCUACAAGCAAGAAAGUCUCCUGGAGAACAAACUGGACGAUCCCUACGAGGACGAGAUAGGAAUCGGGGUGGAGGACAUCGAAGAUUCGGCCCUGGUAUUUCCCAACGGAAGCGUUCAUCCCGACGAGAAUGGUACUCAGGAUUCGGCUGCUUACAGGGAGCUUAAACGGUCCCCGAUUAUGAACGGUAAAACUCAUGUGGGAGUCGCCAUUGAAAAGAAGGAUGUUCCCGAGAAAUUGGUUUUGGCGAACGGGGACUCGAAUGGUCACACGACAAAACCCGAGGUCUUGGACAAAACUAGAGGUUUCGUGAAAUACAAACGUCACAAAAAUCCGUACAGACCCGUGCAAGAUAGGAUGAAGGAUUGGGGCGAAAUUUACGACCACAAAAAAGUCAAGGAAACACUGAGAGUCCAGGCUGCCAGAUGCAUGGAUUGCGGCGUGCCAUUUUGUCAAUCCAACAGUGGCUGCCCGCUCGGUAACAUUAUCCCGAAAUGGAACGACCUGGUCUUCAAAAACAAUUGGAGGGAGGCUCUCGAAACGUUGUUGCAAACGAACAAUUUUCCCGAAUUCACUGGCAGAGUAUGUCCCGCCCCAUGCGAAGGUGCCUGUGUGCUGGGCAUAAAUGAACCACCGGUAAAUAUCAAAAACAUCGAAUGCGCCAUCAUAGAUCACGCCUUUUCGCAGGGUUGGAUCACCGUUACGCUACCCGCCGUUCGCACUGGUAAGCUUAUAGCGAUCGUGGGCGGAGGACCGGCGGCUCUGGCCGCCGCUGCCCAACUCAACAAGGCCGGCCAUUACGUCACAGUAUACGAGCGUAACGAUUCCGUCGGCGGUCUUUUGCGUUACGGGAUACCGUCGAUGAAGUUAGGCAAGAACGUGCUGCAGAGGAGAAUAGACCUCCUGGCCAAUGAGGGCGUCACUUUCAAAGUCAACCAGCCUAUCGGAAUGGGUGGAGCCGACCUUCCAAAGUCAACCGAGUUUUUGAAGGCCCAUCACGCCGUUUUACUAGCCGUGGGGUCAACCCAACCCAGGGAUUUGCCUAUACCAGGGCGCAACCUCCAAGGCAUCCAUUUUGCUAUGGAAUUCUUGGAAGGUUGGCAGAAACGGAUCGCCAAACAUUCCAACAACAACGUCAUUACCGUAGAAGAUUGCCAAUUGUCCCAAAGCGGAAAAUUAAUGGUUCAAGGCAAAAACAUUAUAGUCAUUGGCGGCGGCGACACUGGAGUCGAUUGCAUAGCCACUUCUCUCAGAUUGAGCGCCAAAAGCGUGGUGACCUUCGAAAUUUUGCCGGAACCUCCUCAAAAUAGGGCGCCUUCCAAUCCCUGGCCCGAAUGGCCCAAAGUGUUCAAGGUCGAUUACGGGCACGAAGAGAGCCUUUACAAACAGGACAAGGAUCCUCGGGUGUUUUGUAUCAUGAGCAAAGAAUUCGUAGAAUCGCAAACUAACCCCGGUCAUAUCGGCGGCAUAAAAACGGCUCUCAUCGAAUGGGAAAAGACCCCGACCGGGGUAUGGUGCAUGAAGGAAAAGCCGGGAAGCGAAAAAACUUAUGAAGCCGACCUGAUUUUGCUGGCGCUGGGCUUUUUGGGGCCCGAAAAGAAAUUGUUGGAGUUUUUCGAGCUGGAGACCGACCUUCGAGGUAACAUAGCCACCCCUCGCAAGAAGUACUGCACCGCUAACCCCAAGAUAUACGCCGCCGGAGAUUGCAGAAGAGGUCAAUCUCUCGUGGUUUGGGCCAUCAACGAGGGUCGUCAAGCCGCUCGGCUAAUAGACAUCGACCUCAUGGGCAAAACCUCGUUAGCGGGACCUGGCGGAAUCGUACACACCCUACCCAAAAUGAUGGCUAACCGAGCGAAUUAACUCGCGGUUUUUUCUUUUGUAUAUCCGGUAUAGUUUAUCACUUGGAUAUAGUUGAUUACAAAUAUAUUUUAAUCCAUCUAUCCUCUCUGUUCCCAUCUUAUUACGCGCACAUCGUCAAAUCUCUUAUUAAAAAUCAAAUAUUAUUCUUUUUUUAAAAAAAUAUUUCGCAUCAAUAAUUAUAAAUUAAAAUAAUUUUAUAUUUUAUUCCAUAAAUCGCACACCACUUUUAUUUACGGACUAUAAAAUUAUUAUCAAUUUUUGGUAAUAUUUUACUCGUAUUUCAUUCAGUAUUGAAUUAUUUUUCUGUUUUUUUUGUAGCUAAAUUUUUUUUUGUCCCCUUCUUUUAUACGUAAUAAUUUAGUUUUUGCGGGGUGGUUAAAGAUAUUUAUUAUACUAAAUAUAGUUGUUUUUUUUACAAUCACCCAAUCUGUACCUUAAAAAAUUGGUAUCAUGAUACAUUUUCAUUACAAUUAUUCCUCCCAUUAUAUAUUAGUGUUGUUAAACGGCUCGAUUUAAGCUUAUUUUUUAAAAACACUCAAUAUUUUAGUCAGAAAAAUAUUGUUUAAGCCUCGAGAUUUCGUUAAUAGAUGUUCAAACCUUUGUGCUAUGAGCAAAAUCUUAAGGCUUGCAUAACCAUUUUUCCUAAUAAAAUAUUAUGUUGCCGUUUAACAACACUCCAAAUCAAAUAAUCCUUAGUUUUUUUUGUCUUUGUUAUACUACUAUAUUAUAUAUAUAUAUAAAUUUUUGUGUAAAAUUGUAAUUAAUCCCCCUUUUUUUAAAAAUUUUUUAGAAAAUUGAGCAAGUCA